AUGACAAUGAGGAAAAGUUUGAAUCUUUACUCAGGAAAGAUAUUCACCGAUCAGAGGUGGAAAAUACCCUUCUUUGUGAGUGUGCUUGUGUUGAUCACACUAAUUACUGCCGCCGUUUUUAUGCUACGUGUGUGUCGGUAUGCACCAAACCGACCCCAACUCGAUAUUGCUCCCUUAGUCAGCCAAGACAGCCCUGAAGCUGUUUUUAUCGAACCCGAACUGAGAAAAUCGUUAAAAUCAGUCGGGCCCUCGGAAUUGGAGCCUCCGAGGCUGGCUUAUUUGAUAUCAGGCACGAAGGGUGAUAGCAAGAGGAUGAUGAGGACUUUGCAGGCCGUUUAUCACCCUAGAAAUUGGUACAUUCUCCACAUGGACCUUGAGGCCCCGCCUAGGGAAAGGCUGAACCUAACAAUGUGGGUGAAAAAUGACCCGACUUUUAACGAUGUGGGAAAUGUACGCGUGAUGACUCAGUCGAAUAUCGUGACAUACAUGGGCCCAACCAUGAUUGCUUGCACCCUUCAAGCCAUGGCUAUUUUAUUGAGAGAGAAUCUUCUGUAUGUUUUGUCCAAUGUGUCGCGAAAUCUCAAUUUUAUCGAGCUUAUGCAGUUAGAGUGGUGGAAAAUAAAUCAGAGAGCAAAGCCUAUUAUAGUUGAUCCUGGUCUCUACAUGUCAAAAAAAUCUAAUCUUUUUUGGACCAGUCAACGCCGGUCUGUACCGACAGCUUUCAAGUUGGUUACCGGCUCGGCUUGGGUAAUCCUAACCCGCUCGUUUGUCGAAUAUUGCAUAUGGGGUUGGGAUAGCCUCCCACGAACGGCACUCAUGUACUACACAAACUUCGUCUCGUCUCCCGAGGGUUAUUUCCACACGGUUAUCUGCAACUCGCCCGAUUUUCGGGCCACGGCCGUGAGCCACGACCUUCACUACAUCUCGUGGGACCGCCCUCCGAAGCAGCACCCGAGGACCCUCUCGGUCAACGACUUUGGCCACAUGGUCAGCAGCAGCUCGGCUUUCGCCCGGAAGUUCCGCGCGGACGACCCGGUUCUUGACAGGAUCGACCGUGAGCUUCUCGGGCGCCAGGCGGGUCAGUUUGCCCCAGGUGCUUGGUGUGUGGGAAACGGGCCCGACCCGUGCGGCUCGAGGGGGGAUGACUCGGUUUUGAGGCCCGGCCCGGGAGCCCGGAGGCUAGAGGGGCUCGUUCGGAGGCUGUUGUCUGAGGAUUCGCGGCGUAAGAAGUGCCCGGGUUUGUAG